UCUCAAAGCAACAUAACUAAAAACCUAUAGUGCUAAGCUUUGAACAUUGUUCAACAAAAAUCACAAGAUGAAGGUGAGAUUUUUUGCUUUGUUCUUACUCAUUUCAGGUAUUCAAGCCAUAUCAACCUCAAACUUCAACACUUCCGAAGAUAAGGGCCUCAUCCAGAGCAAUGGAGAAGCACAAAAACUUCUUGGAAAGUUGCAUGAAAGCAUAAAAGAAUCAACAAGUGUGAAAUACCAAGUUGAAGAUAGGAAAGAAGAAGCAAUUGAUACUACAAGAAGAACACAAGGUGGAGGAAGUUCAGGAAGUAGCGGAAAACCAGGAAAUGGAGGCAGUGCAGAUGUUACUCGCAGACCACGUCCAAGUUCUGCGACAUCACAACCUCAUUUUUGUGUCUCAGUGUUUAUUCUUUCUGUAAAUUUGGCUUCUGUCAUAUUGUUCUUCUUCCACUAUGUCUGAUUUGAUGUAAUCCAUGCCAAGUAAUUAAGUUGAUGCUGAUAUGGAAAGGUUGAAAAUCUCAGCUUUUGCUGAUAAGUGGGAAUAAAUAAUGUAACUGAUUUCACUUUUUUCAUUUUGGAAUUACAAACUGUUUACUGAAUUCAUCAAUGUUAA